AUGGACGUCCCAGCUGCCGCGAAUGCGCUUGGCACACUCGGUGCAGUCUGCUGGUCAAUCCAGCUCAUCCCCCAGAUCGUCAUCAACUACCGCCGCCACAAUGCGACUGGAUUGCAGCCGUCCAUGAUGAUGCUGUGGGCCUGGGCCGGAGUGCCGCUGGGCGUCUACAACAUUGUCGAAGACUUCAACAUCGCCCUGCAAAUCCAGCCUCAGAUCCUGACGUUCCUGAGCCUCGCCACCUGGAUCCAGUGCUAUUACUACGAACGAAACUGGUCUGUCAUUCGCUCUCUUGCGGUCGUCACGCCCAUAGCAGCGGUCAUGGCUGGCAUCCAAGUCGGCCUCGUCUUCGCCCUUCGCAUACCCAAAUCGCGCGGUAUUGAGUGGCCGAUGAUCAUCAUGGCGGUCCUCUCCGCCGCCCUGCUAGCCGCCGGCGUGCUGCGGCAUUAUUGGGACAUAUACGUCCACCGUACCGUCCGCGGCAUCUCCUUCAUCUUCGUCGCCAUCGAUGCCGCCGGCGAUGUGUUUUCGCUCGCGUCCCUCUUCUUCCAGCCCUCGGUCGACAUCCUGGGUAUCAUAAUUUACGCUACCGAGUUCGUGCUCUGGUGUGGUGUUUUCGCGUGUGGUGGGUACUACAACUUUCUGCCGUGGUUCCGGAAGAAGCUCGCCGCGAGGGAGGAGGCUUCGCGAAAUGGCUCUUCGGGGGAGACACCGGGUAAUGGCAUAGCUUUGCAUGAUCUGCCUUCUUCGACAUCCGUCUUUCGCACAGCAUCUGUUGAGGACACGGGGUUGCGUUCGAGGCAUGCCGCGUCUCAACAGAGCCAGGGGAUCGCCAUCUGA